UUUGACCUCUAUUAGCUUUGACAUGUUUUACUUUUGUUGUUCGUUUAAACGUCACUUGAAAAAUUACUCUUUGAAUUGACCUUAGAUAGAUAGAAUUGAACCAUGAAAAAACAUUUAUUUAGCCGACCGGAAUCUUUGACAAAAGAAACUUGCUGUUUUAGGUUUCAGAUGACAAUAGGAUAGGUAUAGGACAACAACAGACAACUUUUUACAUUCCUCAAAUCAUUUUACAAUAAUUUAAUGAACUGGAUUGAUGACCCACUAAGUACUUGCAAAUUGCAAGACUCAGUCAGUGGCUUGAGAAUUGAACUGGAUUGGUGAGUAUGCUAAUUAAUUUCUAUUUGACCAUAGCAAUGAAAUCAUUUUAUAAUUCAUUUAGACUUUAUUUUCUUCAACUUCUUUUUUUUUUUUUUUUUUUUUUUUUUUGUUUGAAAUAGUCAAGCCAGCCGGUCAAAUAGUUGGGUUUGGACAAAUUUUGAUUGUGGGGAUUUACCUCUAGCCCAAUUCUUUAAUCAUUGUCUCAAUUUGAAUAAUGAGCUUCUUUCCAUAAACCGGAAAAAAGUAAAAAAAGUAAUAUGGCUUCUUUUAAUUGAGGAUGCAUGUUGAGAUGGCACUAACUGAAUGAAUAUUUUAACUGUCCUCGUAUUUGAAUCUACAUUCCUAAAUUUGACAGGCCAACUUCUAUUAUUGCACCAAACACUGGUUCAUUAUUUUCCAUAAACAUUGUCAGGACAUAUUGUAGUUGGUCAUAGUUUUGCUUUUCAUUAUCCCCAUCAUCAAGAUAAUUAGUUGUUUCAUUUGAUUUUCCAAGUGUUUAACACGGUAAGUUAGUGCUGCUGUGGAAUGUAAAAGAAGACAGGGUUUUGGUCUUAUAGUUUAUUUUAAGAUAAGAAGCCUUGUCAAGUCAGACCUGUCAAAUUCAUUGAAAUCUAUACUUCUUGAGCAUAACGCGUUAUGAAUAUUAAUUCACUUCUGGAAAGGAUGAACCACCUAUCAAUUUUGUCAUUCAAUUUUAUGCCCCUGAUAUCUUAGCCUCUCUCCCUCUAUGGUUUCAGUUCAUUCAGUAUUUUUAAUCAAUCUGCAGUUUCUUUGGACUAGUAGCCUCUCUGUAAUGGCCAACACAAAAGUGGCAAACCGAUUAGCUUUUCUUGUUUAUGUUGUAAUGUCAUGCUGCUACUUUGCAUGCUUUGGUCAGUCAACAGACACCCUCAGGCCUGGAGACAUACUGAGAAACAAUGAAACCUUAAUCUCUGCUGGUGGGGUGUUUGUGUUAGGCUUUUUCAGCUCAGGUGGAUCAUCCAGCAAUCACUACAUGGGAAUUUGGUUGAAGAAUGAUAAGCACAAGAAGCCAGUUUGGGUAGCAAACCGCGGCAAUCCCAUUUUGGACUCUUCAGGACUUCUAACAAUAAGGUAUGAUGGGAACAUGGUGAUCACGGACGUUAGGCGGAUACCCAUAAUAGUAAACUAUGGAAUGCUCACGACUAGUAGUAACACAAGCGCCAAGCUUCUUGAUGCGGGCAAUCUGAUUCUUACAGAAUCAGGGAAUAAUGUUUGGCAGAGUUUUAACUAUCUAUCUGAUACAUUUCUGCCUGGCGUGAAAUUGGGAAUAUUCAACUUGGACACUAAAAGCAUUAAGUUAAAUUUUCUUGUUUCAUGGGUAAGUCCAUUGGUCCCAACUACUGGACCAUAUGCUGUAGGUUUGGAUUGGACUAAUCGGACAGUCUGCAAGGUUUGGCGUAGAGAUCUUGCCUUUCGACAGAUCGGUUUCUGGGAUGGUCAUAGGUUCAGAUUCUUCUUUGAGUCGGACAGAUACAAUUUCAUCUAUGCAUCCAGCAGCAGGGAGAUUAGCCUGACAUUCAAGCAUAAAGGGAAUAAUAGUUUUUCAUGGAUUGUAUUGACUUCAACCGGGGAAAUCAAUGAAUUCACUAUGUUGGAUCACGGGGUUGAAUUUGUAAAUCAAACACGAUGUGAAGGCAAUUCGCUUUUGAAAUCUAAAGGUUGUUUGAUACCAAUGCCAUCCGUGUGCAGAGACGAUGAUAAGUUCUCGGAGAUCAGAGGGUCAAUGCCAAAUUCGAUAAUUUUAAGUGCAUCAAUUCGUGUGGGUCCAAGUGAUUGCGAGAUUAUGUGCAGAAGCAAUUGUUCCUGCACUGCAUAUGCUUCUUUUCACGAUGAUGGAACAGGAUGUGAGCUUUAUUAUGGGGACAAAAAGGAUCUUCUCAACGAGAUAGGAAAAGGCAAUGACAACCUUAUCUAUGUCCGCGGGGAUGCUCCUGCAAAUUCUGGUAGGCCUUACUAAGAAUAUGAAAGCAUUUUUUUUCUGAUGAACGAACACUAUUUCUAGGUAGUUUGGACACUCAUAAUAAAUGAUAUGAAUCAGGCCAUAUGACAUUUCAACUCCAAUCUCUCUCUACUUGAACUGCUAAUUUGUUUAGGAGGUUUCAAUAUGAAAAUUGAGAUAUGAUGCUUGACUACAAUUUGCCAUACGUGUGAUUCUCGAUAGCUAAACAUAGCCACCUAGAUUAACAGAUCAC